AUGCAUCUUCCCGCUCUUACCCUCACCCUGCUUGCGGCAGCGGCAACCGUUACGGCAAAUUCACUCACCCCCGUCCUGGAACGGCGUCAGGGGACCACCGGCCUGGGGCAUGUCACAUGCGGCACGACGACCUACAACAAGGCGGCCAUCGACGCCGCUGUGGCCGAAGGGUGCCAGCUGUAUGCGGAUCGCGAGACGCUGGGGUCCAGCAAGUACCCGCAUCGGUUCAACAACCGCGAGGGGUUGCAAUUCGCGGUGGCCGGGCCAUAUCAGGAGUUUCCUAUUCUGUCGAACGGGAAGGUCUACUCUGGGAGAGCUCCCGGGGCAGACCGCAUCGUCUUCAACCCCAACUACCAAGGCGAAUGUGUCUACGUCGGCGCCAUGACCCACACCAAUGCCCCGACCCGCAACGGCUUCGUCGAGUGUGUCGAGGCUAGCGGCGGCGGCGGCGGCGGUAGCGGCGGUUCCACCUCCAGCACGAGGACUACCGCGCGGCCUAGCACCACCGUUAUUACGGGGACGGUGACCACGGGGACUGCGGCCAGGACUUCUUCGGCUUCGACUUCUAGUUCGACUGGUGCCGCGGCCACUCAGGGGCUGGUUGGCAUGGGUGGCCAGGGUGUGUUUGCUGGUGUGGCGGCUGGGUUGCUGUUGUUGUAA